AGGGGGGAGGGAGUUUCCUGCAGUGCUCUCUGUUUGCAGCAUCCCAAGAGCAGCCUCUGCUGUGUGAAAUCCAAGAAAGGACAAGUCAGCGGGUCUGGAUCCGAGGAGGCAGCGGGAAAACUGGAGGGAAAUCUCUUGGGGCCUGCCCAGAUGGGGUUCCUUUGGCGUGUGGACUCAUUUCUCAGAAAACUGUUUGCUGGGUCAGUGUAAACAGCCUGUGCAAUACCUGUUUGGUACAGACCAGAAGAGGAGGAGGAGGAGGAGGGGCGGACACAGGAGCAAAUGUUGCCUCCUACAUGAAAUCUUUCCGUCUUUAACUAACCCCAGCCUGCCGCGGCUCUGAACAUGCAUCAUGCAUGUUAAGAUCUUAUGGCAAAACCACCAUCAAACCAGUGGAAGGAUGCCUGUCGUGACCAGGAGCCAAACUAAAAACUGAGCAUCCCAUAAUCCCUUUACACUGAGACUGAAAGCCCAACGGUUCCAGCUAACCAUGGCAGCAAAUGCUACUCUCACAACCGGGAGCUUUCUUUCUACGACUGCCACAAACACCACCCUGGCUCUGGAGCUCCCAACAAGCUCCGGAGCCAGGGACAACAUCACUUCCAGAACAUUGAUGACUGUUACUAUAACAACCAAUGAGACCAGCCUGAACACCACAGCGCUUCCAGAGGUGGUGAUUGAAGGCUCGGGCGUCGGUAUGCUGCUUGUACCUUUCGGCAUCAUCACAGUGAUUGGCUUAGCAGUGGCAAUAAUGCUGUAUGUUCGGAAACGAAAGCGGUUGGAAAAAUUAAGACACCAGCUUAUGCCGAUGUACAACUUUGACCCUGCUGAAGAACAGGAUGACCUGCUGGAACAGGAAUUACUGGAUCACGGCCGGGAAGGAAGCCUCACAGGUCCCAAUGCCAAGACUCUUACAACCUCUCAAGGGACAACACAGCGACCGAGUCGCCUGGUCUUCACAGACGUAGCCAAAGCUCUCAACGCUUAGCAGCACUCUUCCAUCAGCUUAGCUCUGCUUCCAAGGGCUGUUGGCCUUAUGCAGAAACAGACUGUCUCCAGAACGCAAAAGGAAAACCGGACUGUUGUUAAUUCACAUAUUGAGGGUUUUUUUUUGGUCCCGGCACAUGAAAUGGCAGAGUUUACAGGUGACAAAGACCAGGAAGCAGAUGCAUCACAGGAGCAUAAAAAGGAAGUCACAUUCUUGCACUGUAAACGGUUGCAUAAAAACUGUACUGGAGCACUUUUUUUUUCUAAAACCAUCUUGUGUCACAGCUAAAAUCAUUUGUCAGUUUGUCUGUACGAUUCUUCCUUCAUUUAUUUUCAUGUUUCACACCAGAAAUGUGUAAAUCUGUGCAGUGACUGUGGUCUUAAAUAUCUGACAAACUUGAAUAUUUCUUGAGUUAGGAUUCUGAAAUCAGUGGUUAUCUGUUUUUCUUUUUUUUUAAGCUGGGAAUUAUAAUAUCUAUUAAAUCAACAUUAAUUAAAACAGUCAGAACCCAAUUAUUCUAUUUUGAUGUUUCCCAAAACCAGACAAAAACACAUUGAUAAGUGUGAUAUUUUAUUGGUAAGCAUAAAGAAGCAGGGUAGCACAAAUCACAAGAUGAAGAAUCAUAACAAAAAUACACAUCACAGGUGUUUGUGAGCUGUAUUAAUAAACUGGAUGAAGACAUAUCAAUAACAUAACUAUAAAAGGGAGUUAACAGUAAGGCAUAAAAGAUUAUUUCUCAAGUUACACUUCAACUUUUUCAAGAGUUGAAAAUGGAUCAAGUACUGUAUGAAACUAUCAGUAAGAUCACAGAACAACAUUAUCCACAUAUAGAGAGUAAAUAUCCAAAACACAACUUGUGUAAAAAUAACCCACCAUAGCUCAGCUAGAGGUAAAUUAGGAAACAACCCUUCAAACUGAGUCCCAUUCACUUAUGGUCAUGAAUGUAGUGAGAUGAGAUGUGAGGACUACAAUAGUAUUAGUUUGACAGGUUUUUCAAGGUACAAUGAUCUGUGGUUCGUUUUCUUCAGAGGUAGUCCAUGGCGCAAAAACUCAAUCCAACAUUGAAAGAACCAGUUAUUUGGCAGGAGUUUAUUCAGCAAUGCUGAAAUACACGGAAAACAACAGAGUAUAUGUGGAUGUUGAAAAGAUUUUGCAGAUCAAGAAAAAAAAGUUGGUUUUCAAGUAAGGAGCAUCUUAUAUUUGACACAUUUUGAGUAAUUGUUUGCUAAAAGAGAUCUAAAAAUCUAAAGAGGUUGGCAUUUAAGGAUUAGUCAUUUCAGGGUGUAAGUGCGCAAAUCCUCAUCAACAAAGUGUAAAAAAAAAAAACUAAACUAGAGGUUGGUUUAAGACUUAUUUUUUAAGGAUAAUGUUAUAGAAGCUAGAAAUACCGAUGAUUUCAGGUGUUUUGCAUCAGAUCAUGUUUACUAUUUUUUACAUGCCUCUACCUACAUCUCAAGUUUUGUGAUUGCUUCCCAAUCUGUGAGUAAAAACACAACCUGUUUAAGUUAAAGCAUGAUAUGUCAUUAAACAGACGUGUAUCUGGAAUAAAUGUAAAAAAUAAAACUUUACUGGCCAUUA